GAAAGAGACGGGGUGCAAGCUCUUUUUUCCUCACCCUUCCUGCUGGAAAGAGGUGACUGCAGAGAUGCCUCCCCGAUUCGUGGUGGUGAUAGCUUCCUUGCUCUGGAUGGGGGCUUUGUCCUGUGCACUGGAUUUGGCCCUAGAAGGGGCUUGGAAAGGGUGGAAAGAGCUCCAUGGCAAGGCUUACCAGGAGGAGGAAGAGGCCUUCCGUCGGGCCGUCUGGGAGAAGAACCUGCACAGGGUCCACCAGCACAACGUGGAGGCGUCUCUGGGGAAACACACCUUCCAGCUGGCCAUGAAUCACCUUGGCGAUCUGACGGACGAAGAGUUCAACGAGAUGCUGAAUGGAUUCUACCCUGAGCCAAAUGAAACCUACAACAAGAAUGCUGCUCUGUUCCAAGGAUCGGCCACUCCAUCAACUCCCAAGGAAGUGGACUGGAGGACCAAGGGUUAUGUCACCCCAGUGAAAAACCAGGGUCGCUGUGGAGCCUGCUGGGCCUUCAGUGCUACCGGAGCGCUGGAGGGUUUGCUGUUCAACCAGACGGGGAAGUUGGUUCCACUGAGCGAGCAGAACUUGAUUGACUGCAGCCAGAAGCUGGGCAACCACGGCUGCCACGGGGGGUACAUCACCCGGGCCUUCCAGUACGUGCGGGAUAACGGCGGCCUCAACUCGGAGCAGGACUACCCCUACGUGGGGAUGGAACAGCCAGCGUGCCACUACAACCCGCAGAACCGGAUGGCCAACUGCUCCUCCUUGGUGAUGCUUCCGCAGGGGAGCGAGGUGGCCCUGGAGCAAGCCGUGGCCACUGUUGGCCCAGUUUCGGUGGCUGUGGAUGCCAAGAACUUCCCAUUCCAUUUCUAUAAAUCAGGAAUCUUCUCCAGCAGCUGGUGCAGCCACCUGGUGAAUCAUGCCAUGCUCUUGGUUGGUUACGGGUCGUCCCAAGAGUAUGGGACGAGCACAGAUUACUGGAUCCUCAAGAACAGCUGGUCUGAGUACUGGGGUGAGAAGGGCUACAUGCGGCUGGUGAAAGGCGCUGGCAACCACUGCGGGGUGGCCAACCAAGCGAGCUACCCGACCCGUUAGCCUGGCGGAGAGGAUUCCCUUCCCGAGCCUUCCCAGCUUCCAGGCCUCAACUCCACCGGUGGCUGAGCCGUGGCUCCCAGAUUCUGUGCUUCUGCAAAGCUUUCCACUCACUCGAAGCUGCCAUUCCUGCCCACUGCUUUUAGCUGCUCAGAGAAAAGUGGUGUAUACCAAAUAAAGAUCUGGUGGUGGUUGUCAGAGUUGAUCAA